CCGAUCCGAUCACUUGGCACAACCCCAGACCCGCCAUCGGCGCUAAGUUCAACCCCAGGUUUUCUCGCGAGGACCCCUGUUCUAGGAUUGCAGCCAGGCAUCUUCAACAUGCCCAACACACUGCGGGGGAAGCACUCGAACAGGGCGGUCCACCAAGGCGACGUUGGCAGUCACAAUCAUGCGGUGAUUGGUGGGAUCGGACAGACUUGACCCGAGCUUCGGCUCCAGAAGCCCCAGAAGAUCACGACUCGGCAUCACCGUGCGACUUGAGCUUGUUGUUGCCCCCCUGAACUUGCAUGCCAUGGCACCGAGAAUAGAACCGUUGCAUGGACCGGGGCCGCCUUCUGUGAUGCUUUUAUCAACGGAUGAACCAUGCGUCCGACAUAAAUGCAGCCGUAUACCUAUCUCCCUCCGAUAAGCCAUCCAUCUUCCCACCAGAUACCCCCAACAUACCCAGAACCUACAGUUAGUGUGAGCAUGGGCGACUUCUGGAAGAGGCGCUCACUGCGCGUGCGCGAUGAUCAGCGGACGAAGGCGGCCGAGCUGACAGUUCGAGAGUCGCUGUGGCCCCUCACACUGGUCACCAUCCUCUUCUUCCUCUGGGGCUUCAGCUACGGCCUGCUCGAUACGCUCAACAAGCACUUCCAGAUCACGCUGGACAUCACGCGAGCCCGGUCGUCGGGCCUGCAGGUGGCCUACUUUGGGGCUUAUCCUCUUGCCUCACUCGGCCACGCAGCAUGGAUCCUCCGACGCUUUGGUUACCGCGCCGUCUUCAUUUGGGGCCUGUUUCUCUACGGACUCGGGGCGCUGCUCGCCAUCCCCGCCGUGAUUAACCACUCGUUUGCCGGCUUCUGCGUCUGCAUCUUCGUCAUUGGCAACGGGCUCGGCUCGCUGGAGACGGCAGCCAACCCGUACAUCACGGUCUGCGGUCCUCCUAAGUACUCCGAAAUCCGCAUCAACAUCGCGCAAGCCUUCAACGGCAUUGGCACCGUGGUCGCGCCCGUGCUGGGCUCCUACGUGUUCUUCACCUUCGACGAGAUCACCGCGCUGCGCAACGUGCAGUGGGUGUACCUGGCCAUCGCGUGCUUCGUCUUCCUGCUGGCCGGCGUCUUCUACCUCUCGGUCAUCCCCGAGAUCACCGACGCGGACAUGGCCUUCCAGGCGUCCGAGACGCACGCCAACGACGCUGACGUCCUGCCCUUCCGCAAGCAGUACCGCCUCUUCCACGCCGCCUUCGCCCAGUUCUGCUACACGGGCGCGCAGGUGGCCAUCGCGAGCUACUUCAUCAACUACGUGACCGAGACGCGCGCCGGCACGUCCCCCUCGCUGGGGAGCAAGUUCCUCGCCGGCUCACAGGCCGGCUUCGCCGUCGGCCGCUUCGGCGGCGCCGCGCUGAUGCACUUUGUCAAGCCGCGCAAGGUGUUCCUCGUCUUCCUGACCGCGUGCAUCGUCUUCUCGGCGCCGGCCAUCACGCAGCGCGGCGAUGCCGGCAUGAGCAUGCUGUUUGUCGUCAUGCUGUCCGAGUCGAUCUGCUUCCCAACCAUUGUCGCGCUGGGCAUGCGCGGCCUGGGCCGGCACACCAAGCGCGGGUCCGGGUGGAUCGUGGCCGGCGUGUUUGGUGGCGCUUGUGUGCCGCCCCUGAUGGGCGCCGCGGCGGAUCGGCAUGGGACCGGCCUCUCCAUGGUGGUGCCCUUCUGCUUCUUUGUGGCGGCCUGGUCGUAUGCGCUGGCGGUGAACUUCUGGCCGUGGUAUAGGAAUACCGUCGAUGCAUUCUCGGCCACUGAUGUGGGCGUCAGACCGACGGAGGAGAGGCCGGUCAAGGACGGUGCCCGGGACAGUGUUGGGGGUGGGGUCACGGUCCCAGAUGGGGAGAAGCCCGGGGCUGUCAACUUAGAAACAGUAUGAUAGAGGCGUACUAGUAGAUACCUACCCGGACGCAAAUAAUAGCUCUACUCAUCUGCACUUGCU